CUACUACCGUAAUUAAAUAAUCCGUAUUUAUAAAAAUUAGGGGUGUCCCGGAACAUCCCCUAACCCCCUGUCUCCGCCCCUAUUGGGAAAGACCCAUUUAGGGUACUUAAUCACUUCCUUACAAUUUUAAUUUUCAUACCCACCGUCACCAGUGAGUGAUUUAAAUACAAAAUAUAAAUGAAUUCACGAAUUACUUUUUUUUUAACUAGAGAUAAUCAUAUUGAUUGGCUGAAAGAUAAGAGAUUACACCAGUUCACUAAUUUUUUUAAUAAUUGAUAUGUAUAGUUUAUUAAGUAAGAAAAUUUUGAUUACAAUCAUGCGAUUUCCUUAAAAAUGUUUAUCUGCAAACUUCAAUUAUAAUAGUUAUCAGCACUUCUACUAUACUAUAUAGUAUUGGUGCUUUAAUGUACAACUUAAAGUUAUACCAUAACAUUAAAUGUAUAAGUUUAGGUUGUACCAUAAAGCAAUUUGUAUCUUUAUGUUAUGGUACAACUUUACUACUUGAAGUUGUACCAUCACAUAAAUGUACAAGUUCAAGUUGUACCAUAAAAGAAUUUGUACAAAAAGUAUAGGUACAAUCUGAAGUUGUACCAUAACGUAAACGUACAAUUUUAAGUUGUACCAUAAAGACAAAAUUCUAUAGCACCAAUACUAUAUAGCAUUAUAAAAUUUCUCAUUUUGUUGAUGAAAAUCUCUAAAAUAUUUUAAUCUCUUCUUAACUAAACAAUUUGGCAUCUAUAUGUAAACCAUAAUUUUCCAACUGAGUUAUAAAAAAAAAUCAGUCAUGGAAUAGGAUUUUUCUUCAUUUUGAUCUUACAACCUAUAAUAUUUGGCCUUUUUUAUUCAUUUGGAUCAACAUAUUACCAGAGUAUUUACCGCCAAUUGCCCAAUUGUAGUGAUAUUGAUGAAAGAAAUAAUCCUAGAAAGCCCAUUCAGAUAGGAUUAUAUAGAAAAAGCCCAUUCUGAUCGGGCCUUCUUCUUAAAGCCCAUUACCCGUUGAUCAAAGUUCCCUCUCGAGUCUCGAAUCAAAUCAUUGCACGGACUGAGUUAACUCGUUUACCACAAAUUGGAGACCGAGUCCCAGCAGAAACCCUAGCUUUCUUUUGUACAUUUACUUGGCUGCAAGAAAAUCCACCUUCCUGAAGUCGCCAUUCCUGAAGGUGAGUUUGCCUCCUCCUUUCAAUUGCUAGCUACUUACUGCAUUUUACAUAUCAGAAGUUGAUGAUAAAUUUUGAAUUUCAUUCUGAGCGCCAAACCUAAAAUUGAACCCUCCAUUAAGAUUUUUCUGUUUGUUCUUGAAUAUCUCAGAACUCGGAAGAAAUGAGCAUGUUUUUGGUGAAAUUUUAAUUCUUGGAGUAUAUCAGUCGAUGGACACUCCGGGAAGAGGUAGUUCGGUUACUAAGAGGUCGUUGAGGAAGAAAGCUCCUUCCCGGAGUUAUGACGAGGAUUUGGUGGAUGAGGCCAUUGAGAAGCAUCUGGGUGGAAGGUUCAAGAAAAGGAGCCGAACGAAGGAGGCUAUGGAGAAAGAGACCGAGAAGGAGGCAAUGAUAGCUAUAUCUUUGGGGUUCCCAAUUGAUGCAUUGCUAGAGGAAGAGAUUCAGGCUGGGGUAGUGAGCCAGUUGGGUGGCAAAGAACAGAAUGAUUACAUCGUCGUGAGGAACCAUAUUCUCACUAGAUGGAGGAGUAAUGUGCGGAGUUGGCUUUCUAAAGGGCAGAUAAGGGAAACCGUGAGCAAUGAGUAUGAGCAGUUGCUAUCUUCUGCAUACGACUUCCUUUUGUAUAAUGGGUAUAUAAAUUUUGGGAUUUUAUCUGCUACGUCGUCUCCGGUUCUUGAACCGGCGAAUGAAUCUUCUGUUAUAAUUGUUGGUGCUGGACUUGCUGGGCUAGCAGCUGCAAGACAGUUGAUGUCAUUUGGGUUCAAAGUUGUUGUUCUUGAAGGUAGGAACCGUCCAGGGGGGAGAGUGUAUACUCAAAAGAUUGGCAGAGAUGGCGAAUUUGCUGUUGCUGAUAUCGGUGGAAGUGUUAUUACUGGUAUGCAUGCUAACCCUCUUGGAGUUCUGGCAAGACAACUUUCUGUUCCACUUCAUAAGGUUCGGGAUAACUGUCCUCUGUACAAACCGAAUGGGGAACCAGUUGAUAAGCAGAUGGAUUCUGAUAUCGAGUUUACCUUCAACAAGUUGCUCGACAAAGUCAUGGAAUUGAGACAAGUCAUUGGUGGAUUUGGGAAUGAUGUUCCUUUGGGUUUGGUUUUGGAGAGACUUAAACAGCUUUAUGGAGUGGCUAGAACUACCGAGGAGAGGCAGCUGCUUGACUGGCAUCUUGCUAACCUAGAAUAUGCAAAUGCUGGAUGUCUUUCGGAUCUUUCAGCUACGUAUUGGGAUCAGGACGAUCCAUUUGAAAUGGGUGGGGACCACUGUUUUCUUGCUGGAGGAAAUUGGAGAUUGAUCAAAGCAUUGUGCCAGGGUGUUCCCAUAUUCUAUGGGAAAACAGUCGAUGCCAUCAAGUACAAUGAGGAUGGUGUCUCAGUGCUUGUUGGUGAACAAAAGUUUGAAGCAGAUAUGGUACUGUGCACCGUGCCUCUUGGAGUCUUGAAGAGAAAAGCCAUAGAAUUUUAUCCCGAGUUACCUGCAAGGAAGCUGGCAGCAAUUGAGAGACUGGGAUUUGGGCUGCUCAAUAAAGUAGCCAUGCUGUUUCCUCGAGUGUUUUGGGGAGAGGAGCUGGAUACGUUUGGGUGUCUGAAUGACCACAGCAACAGCCGCGGUGAAUUCUUUUUGUUCUAUGGCAACCAUGCUGUUUCUGGAGGUGCAGUACUCAUUGCUCUGGUGGCUGGUGAAGCUGCACAAGCAUUUGAAUGGACCGAGCCAUCAACUUUGCUCCAUCGUGUUCUUGACAAACUCAAAGGUAUAUACAAUCCCAAAGGCAUAGACGUCCCCAACCCGAUACAAUCAAUAUGCACAAGAUGGGGCAGUGAUCCCCUAAGUUAUGGUUCAUACUCUCAUGUUAGGGUGCAAUCUUCCGGCUUUGAUUACGAUGUCCUAGGAGAGAGUGUAGGCAAUCGACUUUUCUUUGCUGGUGAGGCCACAACCAGGCAAUAUCCUGCAACAAUGCAUGGGGCCUAUAUAAGUGGCUUAAGAGAAGCUUCUCGCAUCCUGAAAGCGAGCAGAGCCGAGGAUAAUGAUAAUUCAAGGAAGUCCGCGAUGCCGAGGAGUCUAUUACUGAAAACCAGUGAUUCAUUGGUGGAUUUGUUCAAGAGACCUGAGCUUUCAAUGGGAAAUUUCUCCUUUGUGUUCAAUCCUUUGGAACAGGACCUGAAAUCUGUGGGGAUUAUGAGGGUCACUUUUGAUACUUGUGACGAGGAUUUGAAGGAGGAGCUGGAGAAUAGUUUAAGGUGUCCCGUGAAUAUACCAUUGCAGCUUUACACAAUGAUAUCUCGUCAACAGGUCGUCGAUGCCCAACUGUUCAAUGAUGGUGGGGAUAAGCCUACCUGGUCCUAUUUGACUAGAACCUUAGAGCUGAAGCUAAUUGGUUCUGCAGCCUUUGUAAGCACAGCUCAUUCAUUGAUUUCCAGCAUUGCUAAUCCGCGAAAGGGCAGGGGCAGGCCGAAGAAGAUUGCUCCCCAGUAACCGUAGUGUGUAAGGUGAUAUUUACUUCUGUCUUUCAAUCCACAUCAACUGUAGUCUGUAAAUACUAAUACCUAGUAGUUCAUUCAUCGAAGUUGACUGGCUCAUUCGGCUACCCAUGGCUUAAGUAGGCCUCGUCAUUGAACCAUAUAGUAUAUGUAAAGGAAGAAGUGUUGAUAUAAUAUUCCUUUAGUACAUGCUGUAAUUGGGGUUAAAACCAUAUAUCGGUGUGACUUGUAAGACAGAGCAAUGAUGUACUCUCCAUUUGAACCUCAAUUUUGCCAAUCAAAUUCAAAAGUUGAA